AUGGAAAAACCUGUACGUUAUAAACAAAAAAAUAAAAAACCUGCAUCAAAACCUAAAUCUGCUAAAAAACGAAAAUCCGAUGGCCCCACAUGUUCUAUGUUCCUGGCUGAACUAACAAGAAGACUCGCACACAAAAAGAAAGCUGAAGAAGAAUCUAAAACCAUCAUCCAAACAAUCGUCGACAGCAUCACAAAUGCCUUACCUGUGGUAUUUACAAGGAAGACACCACCAAGAAAAGAAUCUCCAACGAAAAUAGAAACAUUACAGUCAUAUGCACCCGAACUCCUACCGAAUGAUAUCAUCGACAUCCCGCGACCCGUUAUCAGUUCGUCCAACUUACCAUUGACAAAUGAGACACAAGUUUUAGCGUCAGGUUUCAAAAUCCCUAAGAUGCCCUUCGUUAGUAGCGAAGUAUUCAAGCCACAGGCUUCUAAAAAAGCGAAACCAGUAACUGAAGAUAUGGCCGUAAAUACCGGAGGUGAAACUGACGUCGCCAGUGAAAUCGCAAAACAUGUUGGAACCUUGCGAAAGAUAUCUCUGAUUGCUGAAGAAUUUAAUCAGAAAACAGCGAAAAAUUUAAAAGAAAUAGUAGAUAGCGUUCAAGAAGAUUUAAUGAAAAAGUUGGAAGAAAUACAAGCGGAACAAAGAGCUCUGAGUACAGAAAGGCAACUCAGUAUAGACGGCCGUCACGAAACAACGCAAUGA